AUGCCUAAACCGUUAUCCUAUGCCACGCUGUCUCCCGAUGAAUGGGAAUCUUUCCAUGAAUUUCUUUCCGUCCGCCUCCAGCUGGCAUUCACCGCGUUUGCCCGCGAUGAGACUGGCCGACUGUGGAAAGCCUGUCGGACGCAAUUCACCGAAGAGUUUCUGCAAGCGCUUCAUUUCGUGGGGUUAUCACGGAUGUUCCAUGCAGGGCUUUCCAUCGGCAGGUUCACAGCGAAGCUGAUCGAAGAUUGGGACGUAAUGUUUGAUGAAGUGGAACAAGGGCGGAUGCCAGACUUUUCCCGGGCGGAGGGCUGGGUGAUGGACUCUCAAGCAUUUCACGAGGCAAUGCCUUUAGCAUGGUGGAAGGACGUGGCCGCCGACCCAGCUGCCAGCGGCACACCAUACGACGACUCAGCGGCAAUGUCGGCUUGGAUGUCGUACUGCAAUUACCUUCGGUCACGCGUUCCGCCCGUCGGCUACAUGGAGGACUAUGCCGACGCUCUCACUUUCUGCGUCCAGGACCUUGCUGGCUACCCCGAUGGCGCAGCAGACAUGUUGGAUCACACCGCUCAGCAAGUCAUUCCGGCAUUACAAGAGGCAGUGAAUCGCAUUUCGGAUAUUUGUUUGUACCCUCUUUAUUUGGAUUGGUACAAAAUCGGGAACAGACAAGCUACGCAGACACGUCGGAGAGAGAAUUUAGCUAAAUAA